GUAAUUUCAUAAAACCCACGAAAAACCCAGGAGCAGAUCCAGACCCGGCGUGCUCUGAGUGACUAUAAGUACAGCAGAGAGGCGCAGUGUCGAACAUCAUCCCGGCAGGACUGCACUUAGGUGAGUGCAACGCUAUUCAUAUGUAGAUCAAAGCUUAAUUACUAAACAGCCAAUUGUAAGAAAUGAUAAAAACAAACUGGCAAAUUUAUACAAAAAGUAGGGAUUUUGAAAAAAAAAAGGCAUUUUUAACUCUGCUAUAGUUUAAAGCUUGGCUGUUUAACUAAUAAGCUCCAUAAUUAUAGAACGCAAUGGAUUGAUUUAGAUGUUACUGCUAGUUUGUAACACAGCACAUACAGCAUUCUGAUUAACUGCUAAACGCUUUCUCUUCAGGAAACAAAUAUUUAUAAACAGUAACAUGGAUUAUAUGUACAGAAGGUAUACUUUGAUUAUUUAAAAGCUGAAGAUAUUAUGUAUUUAUAAAGUACUUUUUAUUAUAGAAGAAUGCAGUCACUAUAUUAAACACAUUAUUUAAAUUCUGUAGGCUUAAAUUAGAAGAUAAAGGGGCCUUUUAAUGAGUUAUAAAUAAUUUCUAAAUUUUUGGGGGGAAUACAAACAUUAUUAAUCUUUGUUUUCACAUAUUAAAUAUAUUAUAUACAUAACUACAUAUAGAGUAUAUAAUGGACAACACAUUAAAAAAUAUACGAAGGAUAAAGUGUUUAUAAAAAAAACACAAAUAAGAGAGUUUAUAAUAUAUUGAGUAAACUAUUUAUAAUAUAUAACAGAUAAAGCGUUUAUAAUAUAUAUUGAGAAAACCAUUUAUAAUAUAUAACAAAUACAUUGCUUAUAAUAUGUAAUGGAUACAGGAUUUACAAUAAAUAACGAAUAAGAGAGUUUAUAAUAUAUAACAGAUAAUAAAUAGUGGAUACAAGAUUUAUAAUAUAUAACGAAUGAGAGUUUACAAUAUAUAACAGAUAAAGUGUUUAUAAUAAAUAGUGGAUACAAGAUUUAUAAUAUAUAAUGAAUGAGAGUUUACAAUAUAUAACGAAUAAAUCGUUUAUAAUAUGUAAUGGAUACAGGUUUAUAAUAAAUAACGAAUAAGAGAGUUUACAAUAUAAAACAGAUAAAUUGUUUAUAAUAUGUAAUGAAUACAUUGUUAACACAUGAAUAUAUAUUUCCAGGACUGAUUAAAGAAAAGUCCCAGGUUUAAUGUAAUUGGACGAUAAGAAUGAAAUGACUCCGCAAACAGAACUUGUGUAUUUCAGUAACCGUAUUCAUAGCUUGUAAAUUGCUUAAUUAAGGUUUAACCAUUUCGCUUACAGCGAACGGAAGCUCUAAUUACACGAAUUAUUCUAUCUGUUCGUUGUACAAUAUGAAUCCAGAAGGAGAGCUGAAUUAACGUUAAACAAAAACAUAUCUUUAAAAACCCCACAAUAUGUUAUUCUGUACAGGGUGAGACAGGGAGAGUUUUUGUUUAGAACUACCUAAUAUUAAGCAUUUUCCUUUUGGCAGAGUAUGUACUACAGUGAGAAUCUCCCAUAUAAGGCUAGUUUGGCUAUUCUCACUUUGACUUCUCAGUUUAGUGAGUGGCCCUGUAAACAUGUUGGGUUUUAUAUUAAAACGAUAGCAUUUAAGCAAGUGAUGAUUUAACCCUUUGUGCCCAUAUUAUCAUUUCAAAGAAGAGCCAGUUCAAGGGACUUGGGAAAAAGUUUCAACAAAUUAGACUAUUUUCAACUCAUUCAUUUUAGCCUAAAUUUGACCAUAUAGUUCUUAAGACACCACACAUUACUGUUUAGUAAAUACAAACAGAGUGUUCAGGAAUGUAUUGCAAAAACCCUGGAACAGAAUGCCGAGUGUGCUCUCUAUCACAGAAUGCUGAGUGUGCUCUCUAUCACAGAAUGCUGAGUGCGUUCUAUCACAGAAUGCUUAAUGCUCUCUAUCACAGAAUGCUGAGUGCUCUCUAUCACAGAAUUCUGAUUGCUCUCAAUCACAGAAUGCUGAGUGCUCUCUAUCACAGAAUGCUGAGUGCUCUAUCACAGAAUGCUGAGUGCUCUCUAUCACAGAAUGCUAAGUGCUCUCUAUCACAGAAUGCUGAGUGCGCUCUAUUACAGAAUGCUGAGUGCUCUCUAUCACAGAAUGCUUAAUGCUCUCUAUCACAGAAUGCUGAGUGCUCUCUCUAUCACAGAAUGCUGAGUGUGCUCUAUCACAGAAUGCUGAAUGCGUUCUAUCACAGAAUGCUGAGUGCUCUCUAUCACAAAAUGCUGAGUGCGCUCUAUCACAGAAUGCUGAAUGCGUUCUAUCACAGAACGCUGAGUGCGCUCUAUCACAGAAUGCUGAGUGCGCUCUAUCACAGAAUGUGGAGUGCUCUCAAUCACAGAAUGCUGAGUGCGCUCUAUCACAGAAUGUGGAGUGCUCUCAAUCACAGAAUGCUGAGUGUGUUCUAUCACAGAAUGCUGAGUGCUCUCUAUCACAAAAUGCUGAGUGCGCUCUAUCACAUAAUGCUGAGUGCUCUCUCUAUCAUAGAAUGCUGAGUGCGCUCUGUCACAGAAUGCUGAGUGCGCUCUAUAUUACAGAAUGCUUAGUGUGCUCUCUAUUACAGAAUGCUGUGUGCGCUCUGUCACAGAAUGCUGAGUGCGCUCUGUCACAGAAUGCUGUGUGCGCUCUGUCACAGAAUGCUGAGUGCGCUCUAUCAGAGAAUGCUGUGUGCGCUCUGUCACAGAAUGCUGAGUGCGCUCUGUCACAGAAUGCUGAGUGCGCUCUAUAUUACAGAAUGCUUAGUGUGCUCUCUAUUACAGAAUGCUGUGUGCGCUCUGUCACAGAAUGCUGAGUGCGCUCUGUCACAGAAUGCUGGGUGCGCUCUGUCACAGAAUGCUGAGUGCGCUCUAUAUUACAGAAUGCUUAGUGUGCUCUCUAUUACAGAAUGCUGUGUGCGCUCUGUCACAGAAUGCUGAGUGCGCUCUGUCACAGAAUGCUGAGUGCGCUCUGUCACAGAAUGCUGAGUGCGCUCUAUCACAGAAUGCUGAGUGCGCUCUAUCACAGAAUGCUGAGUGCGCUCUAUCACAGAAUGCUGAGUGCUCUAUCACAGAAUGCUGAGUGCGCUCUAUCACAGAAUGCUGAAUGCGCUCUAUCAUAGAAUACUGUGUGCUCUCUAUAUUACAGAAUGCUUAGUGUGCUCUCUAUUACAUAAUGCUGAGUGCUCUCUCUAUCACAGAAUGCUGUGUGCGCCCUGUCACAGAAUACUGUGUGCGCCCUGUCACAGAAUGCUGAGUGCGCUCUAUCAUAGAAUACUGUGUGCUCUCUAUAUUACAGAAUGCUGUGUGCUCUCUAUCACAGAAUGCUGUGUGCGCCCUGUCACAGAAUGCUGAGUGCGCUCUAUCAUAGAAUGCUGUGUGCGCUCUGUCACAGAAUGCUGUGUGCGCCCUGUCACAGAAUGCUGAGUGCGCUCUAUUACAGAAUGCUGUGUGUGCUCUAUCACAGAAUGCUGAAUGCGCUCUAUCACAGAAUGCUGUGUGCUCUCUAUUACAGAAUGCUGAAUGCGCUCUAUCACAGAAUGCUGUGUGCGCUCUAUCACAGAAUGCUGUGUGCGCUCUAUCACAGAAUGCUGAAUGCGCUCUAUCACAGAAUGCGCUCUAUCUGAAUGCGCUCUAUCAUAGAAUGCUGUGUGCUCUCUAUUACAGAAUGCUGAAUGCGCUCUAUAUUACAGAAUGCUUAGUGUGCUCUCUAUUACAGAAUGCUGUGUGCGCUCUGUCACAGAAUGCUGUGUGCGCUCUAUCACAGAAUGCUGAAUGCGCUCUAUCACAGAAUGCUGAAUGCGCUCUAUCAUAGAAUGCUGUGUGCGCUCUAUCACAGAAUGCUGAAUGCGCUCUAUCACAGAAUGCUGAAUGCGCUCUAUCAUAGAAUGCUGUGUGCUCUCUAUAUGAUAGAAUGUUGUUUGCAUCACAGAAUUCUCUUCUAUAAAACAGAGGGGAUUGGGGUAAAAACAGAGGGUAUACAUUAGAACAAUAAUAUUUAUAAUAUUUAUAUUUCCCCUUUUUCCAUGAAUUUAGGACAUGACGAAGAUUUUGCUUGUUGUAUGCAUCACGUUGGCCAUUUACCAAGAUGACUGCUUUGGGAAAUUAUUUGAUCGAAACCAAGAAUUUGUGGGAGUUACAGGUAACAUUGCAGAGAGUUCCUUUUUGUAUAAUUAUGUUUAUUUAUAUGUAAAUUUAACAAUUCUAUAGAUGGAGGAGGUUUUUAAGAGGACAGAAAAGCACAGCUGCAGUGAGUGUUUAAUAAAGAUUUUUUAUAGCAUUUUUUAAUGCAUUAUCGCCAUACUAUACUGUUUGCUCUUCAUUGUGCAACACAGGGCUCCUAGCACUUGGCAAUAUUUGUCGUUGUCUGCUCCAGAUUGGAUGGUGUUACCUUCCUGGGUGUUUUUUUGCUGUUUCAAGCUUCCACCAUUGAUUCAGUCACUCAAUUAUUGUGGAAGAGAAGCUAUGUAGACAGAGAGAGAGUACAAUUCUGUAUCCCCAGCCUAUCCCCAGCACAAUCCUGUCUCCCCAGCCCAUCCCCAGCACAAUUGUGUCUCCACAGCCUAUCCCCAGCACAAUCCUGUCUCCCCAGCCCAUCCCCAGCACAAUCCUGUCUCCACAGCCUAUCCCCAGCACAAUACUGUCUCCCCAGCCUAUCCCCAGCACAAUUGUGUCUCUACAGCCUAUCCCCAGCACAAUCCUGUCUCCCCAGCCCAUCCCCAUCACAAUCCUGUCUCCACAGCCCAUCCCCAGCACAAUUCUGUCUCCCCAGCUCCUCCCAAGUACACUCCUGUCUUCCCAGCACAAUUCUGUCUCCCCAGCCCAUCCCCAGCACAAUCCUUUCUCCCCAGCACAAUUCUGUCUCCCAAGCCCAAUCUUGUCUCCCCAGCCCAUCCCCAGCACAAUCCUGUCUCCCAAGCUCCUCCCCAGCACAAUCCUGUCUCCCCAGCUCCUCCCCAGAACAAUUAUGUCUCCCCAGCCCAUCCCCAGCACAAUCCUGUCUCCCCAGCUCCUCCCAAGUACAAUCCUGUCUCCCCAGCUCCUCCCAAGUACAAUCCUGUCUCCCCAGCUCCUCCCCAGCACAAUUCUGUCUCCCCAGCUCCUCCCCAGCAUAAUUCUGUGCCCCAGCACAAUCCUGUCCCCCCACUCCUCCCAAGUACAAUCCUGUCUCCCCAGCUCCUCCCCAGCACAAUCCUGUCUCACCAGCUCCUCCCACAGUACAGUUUUAUUUCCCCAGCUCAAUUCUGUCUCCCCAGCACAAUCCUGUCCCCCCACUCCUCCCAAGUACAAUCCUGUCUCCCCAUCUCCUCCCCAGCACAAUCCUGUCUCCACAGCUCCCCCAUGUACAAUCCUGUCUCCCCCAGCACAAUUCUGUCUCCCCAGCCCAAUCCUGUCUUCCCAGCCCAUCCCCAGCACAAUUCUAUCUCCCCAGCCCAUCCCCAGCACAAUCCUGUCUCCCCAGCUCCUCUCCUGCGCAAUUCUGUCUCCCCACCCAGCCGAUCCCCAACACAAUCCUGUCUCCCCAGCCGAUCCCCAGCACAAUCCUGUCUCCCCAGCUCCUCCCAAGUACAAUCCUGUCUUCCCAUCUCCUCCCACAGCACAGUUUUGUUUCUCCAGCUCAAUUCUGUCUCCCCUGCCAAUCCCAAGUACAAUUCUAUCUCCCCAGCCCAUCCCCAGCACAAUCCUGUCUCCCCAGCUCCUCUCCUGCGCAAUUCUGUCUCCCCACCCAGCCGAUCCCCAACACAAUCCUGUCUCCCCAGCCGAUCCCCAGCACAAUCCUGUCUCCCCAGCUCCUCCCAAGUACAAUCCUGUCUUCCCAUCUCCUCCCACAGCACAGUUUUGUUUCUCCAGCUCAAUUCUGUCUCCCCUGCCAAUCCCAAGUACAAUUCUGUCUCCCCAGCACAAUUCUGUCUCCCCAGCUCAUCCCAAGUACAAUUCUGUAUCCAUUUUCCUGGGGUCCAGUUUGGAUCCUGUAACUGCUGGAGGGACAAGUUAGGCGGUGAUGGAGCUCUGACCUCCCUGCUCAGCUCCCUUGUGUGCCUCUCAGUGAUGCCAGGGCCGGAGUAACAUCAUCUUCUGACUAUGGCAUCACUGCUAUUGCCUCCCCCCUGAAAAGUGCUGCCUAAGGCAAAUGUUUUGUCAGCCUCGAUGUAAAUACACCACUGGCCAUCAGGGUAAAGUUCUGACCAAUUGGUCACAAGGUUGUAGCCAAAACAGUUCCAGGGAGAAAAAGGCUGUGGCCAGUCAACUUUUCGCGAGUUCCUGUAUGAAUAAAACUGAAUGCUCCCCUUCGCUCUUAGUUAGCGAAUGCUCCCCUCAGAUAAAUUAAUAUUUUCCCCGAAGAGCACUCUCCUGGCUUUCUGUGAGAGGACCAGGCGGCGGUACAAAUUCACCGGUGUUUGCAAGUUGAGUAGCCAAAAUCAGUUCCACUGCCUGUGUUUGGCAGACAAAAUGUCCGUCAUUCGGUAAAGCACAUGUGUUCGGUCAUUUGAAUGGUGGUCAGCCAGAGAGAGCACUCAAGUUAACGACUUCUUUUGAAGUUAAUGAGCCAGGGGCUGGUCUGGAUUCUGGGGGUAAAAGAGGGAAAUACAAUUCUCAAUUCGGGUACAGAAAAGCAAACAGAGAGGGGACCAAAUCAGUUGGGCUGGAGGAGAAUAAAACAAGUGACGGGUGUUCUGUUAAAACUCUAAAUAAACUGCAGAUUGAAAUACAAUUCCCAUGAUGGUAAGUCAGCAUAUAAGAAAUAAGGAGUGCUAUGCCUUUAAAUAAAUUACAUACACUAUAUGGAGACACCUAUUAAUUAUUGAAUUCAGGUGUUUCAAUCAGACCGAUUGCAAAAGGUGUAUAAAAUCUAGCAUGUAGCGGAAUGGAAUUUUGCAAGCUACUUUUUAUUCCCUAUAUUGGCUGUCCGUAUUCCCCCCCUCCCCCGCCCCGUUACUUUGUGUGUUUUUCCUCGGUUAUUUUGUGUGGUUCCUUUUUGGUCAUUCGGGAGACUUUAGACGAAUGGAAUUCAUUCGUCUCCCGAAUGGGGACCACCCCUGUGCCUCAUUAGAAGGUUAACACCAGCCACUUAAUUGCGAAACCACGAGGGAAACAAUUAAUGAGUGCUUCUCCUGGGUGGCCGCCAUUUCAUAUAACCGAAUACGUGGCUGAGAGAAUGGCGGCCAUCUUGUCUCCCGAACAAGGGCAGCAGUACUUAGUCGUCGAGUGCCUGGAACUAUUUUCGCCUAGGCACUCACACGAGCGGUAAACUGUCGACCACUGCCCGUACCUGUUCCCGACCACCUACACGAACGGCAUUUGGGAGAUAUAAACUACCAAACAUGGAAAGCAUUCGGAAACUGAAAGCUAGAGAUUCCCUUGUAUGAUUUUCGCACGGGAGCCCCACAAAUGGAGACCAGCCAGUAAACACAUUUCCCUGGAAAUAUUUUGGGUUAGCAUCUCGUGUCUGGCCGGUCAAAAUUUCCACAUGGUGGCAUUCCCAUUCUACCAAACCGAUCUGAGUGAUUCUUGGAUAUGUUGGUCACUCAGAUCAGGGCUAUCAGGGAAUGUGCUUUUUGUGGGGUUUCCAGGUAAGAUUGUGGGGCUUUGGGGUACAUUAUACAGGGAGUGCAGAAUUAUUAGGCAAAUGAGUAUUUUGACCACAUCAUCCUCUUUAUGCAUGUUGUCUUACUCCAAGCUGUAUAGGCUCGAAAGCCUACUACCAAUUAAGCAUAUUAGGUGAUGUGCAUUUCUGUAAUGAGAAGGGGUGUGGUCUAAUGACAUCAACACCCUAUAUCAGGUGUGCAUAAUUAUUAGGCAACUUCCUUUCCUUUGGCAAAAUGGGUCAAAAGAAGGACUUGACAGGCUCAGAAAAGUCAAAAAUAGUGAGAUAUCUUGCAGAGGGAUGCAGCACUCUUAAAAUUGCAAAGCUUCUGAAGCGUGAUCAUCGAACAAUCAAGCGUUUCAUUCAAAAUAGUCAACAGGGUCGCAAGAAGCGUGUGGAAAAACCAAGGCGCAAAAUAACUGCCCAUGAACUGAGAAAAGUCAAGCGUGCAGCUGCCACGAUGCCACUUGCCACCAGUUUGGCCAUAUUUCAGAGCUGCAACAUCACUGAGUGCCCAAAAGCACAAGGUGUGCAAUACUCAGAGACAUGGCCAAGGUAAGAAAGGCUGAAAGACGACCACCACUGAACAAGACACACAAGCUGAAACGUCAAGACUGGGCCAAGAAAUAUCUCAAGACUGAUUUUUCUAAGGUUUUAUGGACUGAUGAAAUGAGAGUAAGUCUUGAUGGGCCAAAUGGAUGGGCCCGUGGCUGGAUUGGUAAAGGGCAGAGAGCUCCAGUCCGACUCAGACGCCAGCAAGGUGGAGGUGGAGUACUGGUUUGGGCAGGUAUCAUCAAAGAUGAGCUUGUGGGGCCUUUUCGGGUUGAGGAUGGAGUCAAGCUCAACUCCCAGUCCUACUGCCAGUUCCUGGAAGACACCUUCUUCAAGCAGUGGUACAGGAAGAAGUCUGCAUCCUUCAAGAAAACAUGAUUUUCAUGCAGGACAAUGCUCCAUCACACGCGUCCAAGUACUCCACAGCGUGGGUGGCAAGAAAGGGUAUAAAAGAAGAAAAUCUAAUGACAUGGCCUCCUUGUUCACCUGAUCUGAACCCCAUUGAGAACCUGUGGUCCAUCAUCAAAUGUGAGAUUUACAAGGAGGGAAAACAGUACACCUCUCUGAACAGUGUCUGGGAGGCUGUGGUUGCUGCUGCACGCAAUGUUGAUGGUGAACAGAUCAAAACACUGACAGAAUCCAUGGAUGGCAGGCUUUUGAGUGUCUUUGCAAAGAAAGGUGGCUAUAUUGGUCACUGAUUUGUUUUUGUUUUGUUUUUGAAUGUCAGAAAUGUAUAUUUGUGAAUGUUGAGAUGUUAUAUUGGUUUCACUGGUAAUAAUAAAUAAUUGAAAUGGGUAUAUAUUUGUUUUUUGUUAAGUUGCCUAAUAAUUAUGCACAGUAAUAGUCACCUGCACACACAGAUAUCCCCCUAACAUAGCUAUAACUAAAAACAAACUAAAAACUACUUCCAAAAAUAUUCAGCUUUGAUAUUAAUGAGUUUUUUGGGUUCAUUGAGAACAUGGUUGUUGUUCAAUAAUUAAAUUAAUCCUCAAAAAUACAACUUGCCUAAUAAUUCUGCACUCCCUGUAUUAUGUGGAUUUUUUGUGCCUGAGAGAUAAUUAAAUUAGAUGAGUUUACUCAGGCAAUUGUCACUCAGGCACUGAGGAUCUUGGGAAUGAAUAACAUGCAUUUUCUGCCUGUGAAACCCCUUGCAUGGGACUGGGCAUAAAAGCCGUGUAUGUGUCAAUAAAAUUCAGUUGUAUCUCCAGAGCUGAGUGUCGUCCAGUUGCUGGGAAGUUGGUGGGAGAUCCUUGGAUUGUUUUACUUGUUCCUGAGUGUAUUUUGCAGUAACAAGCGGAGAAGAGCCCCUGCUUGGACUAGGGCUCUGCUACAAAGCACUUAGCCAUGCAGUCUGCAUUUACAAACAUUUAUUUAAAAAAUGGGUCAUUCUACAUAGAGACAAGCGUGGUGGUACUACCACAACAAGAGGACAUAGUCUUAAAUUAGAGUGGCAAAUGUUUAAAAAUAAUAUCAGGAAGUAUUACUUUACUGAGAAGGUAGUAGAUGCAUGGAAUAGCCUUCCAGCUGAAGAAAUACUGUAGGUCAAUGUAAUUUUUUGGUUAAAGUCAGGAAUUUUCUUAAAAUACUGCAGUUACAAGGCAUAGUCAGACUUAAGUAAAGCCUAAAAGUUUUUGGUUAAAAAAAAAAGUAAUUUUAAUGCUCUAUAGAAAUGUCCUAAAUUAUUAAUGAAACAAUCAGUUCUUAAACACUUAUUAUUACAUAUCACCUCCAGAUGCUGGUUACCCUGACACUGAAACGUUGGUUAAAAGAAACUCAUAUCAGGUCCUCCGAAAUGCUGACCGCAACACCAUAAACUGGCCUGAACGCCCCAGCAACUGUUACCUUGUCCAUGAGGGCCAGAUGGAGAGCCAGAUCUCCUGCAGGCUUCGUUUCACCAGGAGCAAGUUUAACUUUAACCCCUUUGGACUACGCUUUGGAAAGCGAGGGAGCGACAGGGUCGACCCCAAUCCUGCUCUGCAAAGUGCGACCAGCAAAUUUCUUCCUUUCCUGUUAAAACUCAAAGAGUGGCCUGUGUUCCCGUGCAGAGACGAGCCCGGGGAGAACUGCUAGAUGUCCUUUUGUAUUUUAUUCUAACCUUUUUUAAUAACUCACAUUGUUUCCACUCCGUGUUACGGUUUGAUCCGUGCAUUGCGACCUUGUAACCAGUAUACAGCCAGAAUCUAAACGCAAUACAGCUACGUCUCUUGUUUUCAUGUAAUUUUGUAAAAUGCUAGAGUUUCCAAGAGUACACUUACCCUUAAUUACUGGAAAUUUCAUUUCCCCAUUGUGGAUUGAUUUGCGUGUGUUUUUGAUAAAUAAGUUGCUUUCUCUCCUGUUUCUAAAUCCAAGUACAAUAAAAAUCUGUUUCCCUUGUUGCAAUGUGUGUGGGCAGCAUUUGUCUUUGAAACAAAGAUCCCUUUGUAUUUAC